UGUUGUUCAUUCAUCAUUUCUUGUUUGUCAGCCCAGAUGGAACAACGAGUUUACUGCUCGUCACUUUUCUUUGUUUUCUUGUGUAUCCAUGAAGUCGAUGCUGUACGUGUCCUUCUUCGUGCUUGCCUUCGUGGUGGUGGCAUUGGUGGCGAUCUUCAGCAUAUUACCGUGCAAGACCUUGAACAUUUACCACUACCCAAUUCAAGUAUCUGCUCUUUGGAAAUAUUCAACAGCAGCACGAGUUCUCUUGGAGAUGGGUUAUUCGUACAUUUUACUAGUCUGUUAACUCUGUCGUUAUACAACAAUAACAUCCAGAAGAUAUCAGCCAAUGCUUUCCUAGGACUGACGGCUCUUCGAACACUCAAUCUUAGCAYGAACCCAAUUAAAGUGUGGCAAACAUCAGAACUUAUUAGUCAAGUUCCUAAUCUAACUACGUUAGACCUAACUGGCACAUCACCAUGGUUACCAGAUAAUGGCAUCUUGAGGUUAAAACGGCUUAGGACCGUUCAAGGCGUUAGCUGGGGUCAACACUGCUGGAACUGUUCMCUUAUCAAAUCAAAUAACUCCAGUCAACUYAAGCUGUUAACUGAAGGUUCUACGAGAUACAUCAAAGGUUACGCAUGCCGUACGAUAACUAUUACAGCCUCGAGAAUAGUUCAAAGGUUUGCAAACCAUAGUUUUUUAGCAACUUGCGUAGUUGAAAACCCAAAGUGCAGUCAGUCAGAGAUCAAGGAAGUCGUAAAGGCACCUUGUCGAGAUACAACUUUAUCAGUGUUUUCCCUGCAGUAUUUUCUUGGCCCUUUAGCAAUAAGUUUAAAYUUAGUUGUAAUUAUAACUACCAUACGUUCCAAACGUCUCCGCAAGAACUUUGACAUGAUAUUGGUUUGUAAUAUCGGGAUUGGGGAUAUGUUUAACGGCGUGUAUUCUGUCCUGAUCAUAUCUAUUCAUACGCUUAAAACAUUUGACCAAAUGAUGACAUUUGCGCAAGAUUACUGUGCAUCYAUAGGGUUYUUCUGGGUUCUUGGUACAUGCCUUGCUGUAAGCUUUUCAUUUGUUCUAACAAUAGAGCGAUACAAAUGUGUAAUGCACUCUCUACCACGUCACAGUAGAAUGAGCCCCACCACCCUUCUGGUAGCUUCAGCUAUAUGUUGGUUAUGGGCUCUAACCGGAUCUGUUCUACCCAUGGUUGGAAUAGGUAGUUAUUCCAUUAAUACUUAUUGUAUAUCAGUUUUUCCUGUCAAGUCAAAUCCCGUUCAGUUUUAUUACAGCGUUAUUGGAACAGGUCUAUCGGGUCUCAUGUACCUCGCUACUAUACCUAUAUACGUUARAAUGUACUUAUUUGUACGGAGAUCCAGCAAGAACAUGCRAAUACGCGCAGAUAUCGAGCUAGCCAAGAGGGURUUCAGUCUUGUAUUAACAAACAUGCUGUUUUUCCUACUCCCAGUCAUUAUGUCRUUGAUUUUCGCUAGCGUUAAUCGCGAAACAAACGCUAUUUCACGAGAGGUGUCUGARGUACUGAACUCRGCUUUCCCUCUGCWYUGUUUGACUUUAAAUUCAGUUCUUAACCCAAUCCUCUAUGCGUUCAGGAUCAAGCUGUUCAGAACAGARUUCAGCAGAAUGUUAUCUUGGCGUUGCUCGCUCAACAGGAGAGGUCACAAGACCCGCUCUACCAACAUUAAGCUUCACGUACGAGCUGMCCGUGUCGUACAUUCUCCAAAUAAUAGCACAUCCCUAGUUACUCUUUGAUAGCUUUAAGCCUCGUCAUUUUACUGAUAAAGGCGCGCCAUUGGUGAAUAGUCGAAACGUCUAGUUAUCAUUAAUUCAAAUCAGAGGCAAACAAAAUAUUAUUAAUAUCUUUAAGCCUCGUUCAACUUUUAUGCAGAGACAUUG